AAAUGGUCGUCUGCCUCUGGAUGUUUCUUUUGUAAUGAAUAGAAGUCGGCUCGUGAUAGGGCCUUGUGUGCCUCGCUGGGGCUGUUUCAUCAAAUAGGAUGUUCGCAUUCGUUUCAACAAUGACGAGAUUAUGAGAGAUGAUCUAAGUAAAACAAGGCUGGACCGAUCGCUGGCUUAAGAAAAGAUCAACAUUGGGGAAAGUUUCUGAACAAUGAAAAUCACAGUGAGACGUCUUGAAGAAAUUCUCUUGAUAUUGUGAUAACUUUAUUGCUGUAUUAUUUUGGAGUUAUGAGCCCACAAGACGCACUUAUGCUCGAUUUAUGACGCGAUUUAUUAAUUUCUACAGAUUUUAAUUUACCGAGAAAAUCAAGAUAUAAUAUUUUUUAUUGAGAUUCUACUUGUACUGAAUAUGCAGAUGUGAAUGAUUAUCUCUCGUUUCUAAAAUUAAUACAGACAUUUAUUUUGAAUACUUAGCAGAGUUUAACAGUUGUUGAUCGAAACUUAUAAAAAGAAAAAUAAUUAUGUUUUUCUAUGAUUAGAAGAAACCUUUGAAAAUAAUUUAUUUCGAUAAAAAUAAGAAGAGUGUUAUAGUUCUGUGGAUAUAAUGAUGUGUUUACGCGACCAGCAAACCGGCUUCCUUCGGCCGCCGGACAGAUGUCACCCCUACGAAUGUUUUCCGCCGACGUUUGCCGGACCCCGUCCCCCGCCCGGUGAUUGGUUCCCCCCGUACGAAGGUUACCCGCCGGAUGAAUUUCAUCCAUUUAUUGAGGCCCUGCUGCCGCAUGUGAAAGCGUUCUCAUACACGUGGUUCAACCUGCAGGCGGCCAAGCGGAAACACUUCAAGAAACAUGAGAAACGCAUGUCAAUGGAGGAGGAGAGAAGGGUCAAGGAGGAAUUACAAAAUGAGAAACCAGAAAUAAAACAAAAAUGGGCCUCAAGAUUGUUAGCGAAGCUUCGGAAGGACAUCACACAAGAAUGCCGAGAGGAUUUUGUUUUAAGUAUAUCGGGAAAAAGACCGCCGUUAUGUGUGCUAAGUAACCCCGACCAGAAGGGGAAAAUGCGGCGAAUCGACUGUUUAAGACAGGCUGACAAAGUUUGGAGACUGGAUUUAGUUAUGGUGAUAUUAUUUAAAGCAAUUCCUCUAGAAAGUACGGACGGUGAGAGACUAGAAAAGUCUCCAGACUGUAUACACCCAAACUUGUGCGUGAACCCACACCAUAUAUCGGUCUCCGUUCGAGAACUGGAUCUCUAUCUUGCCAACUUUAUACACAGUUAUGUACCGGACGUUCGAGACCCUCGAGCAGACUACCAGGAGAUCCCCAUGAACCACCACGAUCCGGACAUGAAAGUUCCGGGCAACAUUCAUUCGGGCGUAUCGGGCAAUGACAGUAUUAUGGCUACAGGGGUUUUCAGUGCGCGAGAAUUAAUGCGGGUCACGAGACACUCAUUUGAGACCGAGCACGAGGAAGUGGACCUCGCAACGAGUCCCGGCGCUUCCAUAAUGAUGCCUCCGAAUGGGACCCACCCGAUGUUACCUCCCCCAAAGAUCGACAGCCCAAGCUACUAUAACUACAGUCCCCACCCUCAGGACCCCUCCCAACACAUGGCCGCCAUGGCAUCACACCACGGCAUGCCCAAUGGCCAGUCACAGGUCAGCCCCUCAGGAAAUCCCCACAAGCGUCUUAAGCGGUCAACGAUGAGUUCGAUCUCGUCUGCAGACGAUGAUCAGGAGAGUGUCGGGGACGAUACGGAGCAGAUGUCGAGCUACUAUAAGGCAUCAGGGGGCAUGGGGGUCCCUACCUCCUGGCAGCAGGACCCACAGAUGGACCCUGGUGUCGUCCAAUCCCCGGGUGGGGUUCACUCACCCAGUGUAUUGCAUACCCUGAAAUCAAAGCCCACUGAGCAUACAGGGGGUUUCGCGAUCGUGACCCAUCGCCCCGAGCAUGUAUCCACGCCCCCUCGCCCGCUCAACAACCAUGUAGGGGGCGCCCUUGACCCCAGUGGACAGUCAAGGCAUGACCAUGCUACUCCGCCACAUCAUAUCAGUAACUCAGACAUCACCGAAAGUGAGGAUGAGAUCGAAUCUCCUGGACGGUCUCGUGAGCGCACCAUCGUCAUCGGAAAGCAUAGUUUUCGACCCCUCCUUGCAAACCUUGUUGGGAUGCAGCCGAUGGCGUUGAGCGCAGGUCAUGCUGGUCACAUGAAGUAUCCGGGGGAUGGGGCGGGAGGCCAUGGGGGGCACAACAGCGAUACUUUCCAGGACUUUGUGUCCCUUGUCUGUCAGGAGGCGAACAACCCCCAACAACAAGGCCAGUCGACACCACCAUCACCCCCAGGGAAGAGCCCCACAAAAAUGCCACACUACUACACCCCGGGGAUGUUACCACCUCCCCCACCCCCUAACCUUGCCCGACCCGUCGCCAUACUGCGAACUUCAGACGGAACUGUCAUAUCAACCAACUCAACGUCUGUUGCAAGUUCAUCCAUAAGCAGUAGUGGUGGUCAGGCUGUAAGCAACUCUCCGGGAACACCACCGGCUAAUCGGUCGAUUAUGUCUAGUCCAUUCUCCGUGCUGAAUCGACCCGAGCACGGCUUUGCACACAUACAUCCGCAGGGGCACCAGCUGUUCUCCUAUCCAAACAUCAGCCCUGUUAAUGCGUUCAGCGGCGUUAUCAGCCCGACGACCCUGAGCCUUAUAUCGUCGCCUGUCGCAACACCGCGCACCACGCCACGUUCCACACCAAUACCACGAUGGACGACGCCGUUCGGGAUUCCGAUUGACGAUAACAUGGACUAUAACAGCAUGAUAGCUACGAUGAUGCAUGUUAAUCCAGAUGAGGCUCUUAUGAAUGAAGACCGUAUAUUCCCAGUAAUCCACAACUCUGACGGGAAUGGUAUAGAUCAUUCCGGCUCAGGAAGCGCGGGUAACGGGGGAGGGGCGUCUGGGUCCCAGCCUGGUCCUACCCAUGGGCCCACCAAUCAUCAGGGACCGCCCACACCGGGCCCGCCCACUCCUAGUAAACAGCCAACAACAGCCCAGCAUCAGACCACCUGACAAUCACUCUAGACCUCUAACCAAUGGGAAUAGAGGGGGGCGGAGUUACAGACAGAUUGGAGAGAAUUAUUAUGCAAAUGUUAAAAACUUGUUGUAGAGGCCUUAUGAAAUAAGGUUUUUCUUCAUUUUUUUCUUACAUUUUUGAAAACAUAGACUGUUGUGAAAUUAUGUGUAGAGAUUUUAAUAUUGGUUUUAUUUGCAAAAUUCUGAUUAAUGAAGAAGAGGAUCUUAAUUUUUAAUUUAAUAUUAUUUUUUUUGUGUUAUUUUAGGAAAUAACGGACAAGAGAUGAUUUUUACAAUGUAGUUGAAAAGCAAUUUUGUAAAAAUUCUAGUGUAAAUUUGGUUCGUUAUUCGAGGAAUGAGAUUGCACAAGAGUGCUUGAGUCUGUGAUAGAAUUAUUCAUUUGUUGUUACUUUUCGUUUGUGAAUUUAAUGGUCAGUUCAUUAUGUUUCUGUUAAUAUUACUUUUUAUUUAUUUUUUAGCAAAAAUGUUAGCGAGAAAAUCAUUCAAUGCAGAAAGGAAUGCAUAACUGUUUGUUCUUAUUUUCUUAGCAAUAAUUUUACCAUGUGGUUACAUGAACUAAUAUAUCUGCUAUGGAGUACUGCAGCUAAUUGUGUAAAACCCAAUGAAAUCAUUUUGAUGAGCAAAUAGCCAAAAGAUAACCACUGAACAGGAUAUGAGUUAUUAUUCAAUAAAUAUUGACCAUUCAAUACAUUUUGGAUAACUUUGCCUUAAUCAAAAACAUAACCAGUUUUGUAUCACAUAGGUGAACAAAUGCAGAUCAACUCAAAUAUUAUAUAACCAUUCUUCCAUUUAAAAACAACAACAACAAUACACCAAUAUUGAUCGUUAUAAAUUUCAUGAACUUCACUGCUGGGCAACAAAAUAUACGAUAUCAAAUAAAAUUCAGUUCUAUGUUGCUAAACCACUUUCAAAAAAGCUAAAUCUUGAACCAACGCAAACUAACAAUUUGUAUAUUUUGUUGCCUAGCAACAGUUUUUAAUCGCAAUCAUACAUGUUGUUUAAGGACCUACCUCAUACGUUUUGCUUUAAUGAGUUGCCUUGGAAACCACAGGUUAUCAUAUUACAAAAGAAUAAAAUGUGUCUGAGAGUUAGUUUUCCUGGUAAUUCAUUUUUCAUGACAAAAUUUCACCUAGAUUUUGAACAUAGCAACAUCAUCAUUAAUAGUUAUUUUUCAUAAAUGAAUCCAUUUCCAAGUUAAAAAAAUAAACCUAAGGUUGCAAUUGAAUAGUGCAAAUAUGGUUUUCUAUUCUUUAAAGUGACAUGCUCACAGUUUUGUGUUAACAACAUUUUUUUUAAAUCUUUAGAAUGGAAUUGUUUUACUGACGUUUAUGAACAAACACCAAACAACACUUGGCAGAUACUCGAAAUUCUUUUAAUCUAACCCUAAAGUACUUCCAUUUUCAAUAGCGUUACUAACACACUUUGGCAGUAUACAGCAUAUUCUGUCCCAUUUUUAUGGUAAAUUUGUAACAAAAGAAAUCACAUUUGAACUUCUGAUCAUGUUUUUUAAUUGUAAAAAACAUAUUGUUAACAUUUCAAAGGAGAUUUCAUGUUUCAAUGGCUGACUGUUAAAAACAUUUUGUUAACAUUUUACAUGAGAUUUUAUGUUUCGAUGGCUGACCCAAAAAAUAUGAACAAUUCUGUUUAAAUUAAACAGUGCAGAAUUACCCUUUGUUUUACUGGAUGUUAAAUUCAAUACAAACACAGUGAAGAACACUUUGAUAUAUUAUUUCCUAUGUUGUGUAUUUUAUGUAUUUAUUACUAGAGAGGCUUGCGAAACGCUACUUGUACAUGUAUGUUUGACCUAUUUAUUCUGUUCUGCUUCAUCCAGAUACAGUCAAACCUCAUUGGCUUGAACGGCCAGGGACUGGCAAAAAACAUCACGAAAUUCGAGCCAAGCAGAUGCUUACCUUCAGUAGAAAGAAAUCGGCCCUUAAUAUCCAGUUCGAGCCAACAAAGAAAUCGAACCAAGGGGUUCGACUGUACGCACACAAUAUACAAGUUUAAAGAGUCCGGCUGAUAUCGAGGGCACAUGUAAAAUGUGUGACGUAUAUCACAUGUUUGAGCAAGCUCGUGCAAAGCAAGUUUUCACGUUUCAUAUUGACGUAGAUACAAUAGUAAUGAAAUGAAUAUGAAUCACAAGGAAAGCAUUUUUUGUAAGUGUCAGUGCGCCUUCACGAGCGAACAGUGAUUUGCAAACAAGUUUAAAGUCAAUGUGCAACUUCUACAUCCACAGGUUCUGAUGAGUGUCGAGUAUGCGUACAAAUACAAUUAGUGUUUCAUAACCUCUCUAUUAGCGUAACCAACAUGUUUAUGUGAUGUUAUAUUCUCCAUUGGUGCCAAAAAUAACUCAUUGCUUUAAUACCAUCAUGGUCCUUAUCAAAUAUUUGUUGUUUUUCUUGCAUUUGUCAUAUUUUUCUUUUCUUUUUUGUUUGAAAUCUUUUAUAUUUCCUCUCUUUUUGUUAAUGCACUCAAUAUUGUUUAUUAGUGCAUCGCUGAUGAAGAUUUUUGUUACCAAUCUGUUUUGAAGGUUUUUAAGUUGCAUAUCAUGAAAUGAAUUGUGUGUUUAGAAAGGAAUCUUUAGAAGGCUAGUCUAUGAAACGUCUAAUCCCUGUUGAACAGGGGUUUAGGAACCUGAAAUUAGUGCUACUUUUUCUGGUGUAAUGUGACAUAACAAUAAGUCGUCGUCGUCGGCAGCUUUGGUAGGUUUGUCAACACUGCAUUCGUACAACUUUAUGGAGUACGGGCGAUAUCUGACAUUGCAGGGCAUCGGCAUAUUUCAAACGGACAAUUUAAAACUUAGUUAUUUUGUAUUAAAUGAGAUCAUCAAUUGUGAAACUGAACAUGAAAUAUGUAGGUACGGAAAACUAUUAUAGAAAUUUGAAAUAGAUGUUAUGAUCCUGAUGAUUUUGUGAUGAAAAUGCAAUCCUAGCUGUUAAUGUUAUGGUUAAUAUGCCAAAUGUAACGCCUUGUUUAUAAAAGUAAUGCAGUUAGUACUCAUCAUUUAAAGGGACUAGACACCAGAUGGUUCCAAAAUCGGCAAAUACAGUAUUUGCACAAAACAUGCCUAGAAUUAUUAAUAUGAGUUAAAAUAAGGCCGAUAAUACAUCAUUCUACAUGGUUAAAGGAAUAUUUUGUCACUGUCUCAGCUGAGUUUACCUGUUUAAAAAUAGCGCAUAAUGGUUUCCUAGUUUUAUAGUGUGUAUAUUUAGCACGUGAAAGUCACAUGAUUAUUACAGAUACAUAUACCAACGCUAUUUUUAAAUUAACCGGAAUUUACCUAGUAAAUUUUGAAAUGUAAAAUACUCAAAAACAGCGAAAGAUACAUGUGUCUCAAGCGAUGUGAUUCAUCAGAAAGAAAGAUUCAAUGGGUUGUACACAAAGAUAUCAAUUUUAUGUGAGUUUUUGACAAUUUUCUUCUUUUCUUGCAAUUGUAUCAUCUGGUGUCUAGUCCCUUUAAAUAAAAAAACUUGAAAAACUUGACAGUGAAGUGAGCUAUUCUAAUUCUUGGGGUUAAUUCUAGAACAUACUAAGCAAAAUUAGAGUAUAGAACGUUUUAGAAUGUUCUGGCGUUAACCCACAUGGACGUUGAUAGUUUGGAUAAUUCAUGAUAUAACAUUAUUAUGUGUAAUCAGAAAUGAUUUCUGGACUUUCACAAUAAGAAAUGAAUUCUGGACUAUGUAUUUUUAUUGUUAAUCUUUGAUAACUAAACUAUGAGAUCUUAUUUAUUGUUUCGCUGUAAAUAGCCUUUUAAUGUAUAUGUGUAAAUAAUGUAUAUAUAUAUGGUUUUAUAUACAUAGGACUUAAUUUAUUAAUUUAUAUCUUUGUAAUUGAUGUGUUGUAUAUUCUCAUUGGAAUGUUGCCAUAACAACCAAAUAUUUUGGUUGUCUUUGGUUGUUUGAUAAAAAAUUUGAGUUGCAAAAUAUAUCUGUGAUUACCUGUAUUAUAGGAAACAUACUAUGUUCCGGCUUGCCUUGAAAAGUUAUUAUCACUCUCAAUAUGAAACAAACAUUGUCUUAAUGAAUUCCUAAUUAGUUAAGAUUUUUCUUAAAUAUUUAAAAAGAUAACAUAUUUUAAUUGCAGUCAUUGAAAAGGUUUCCAUGACAACUUUUAAGAAUAACCUUCAUUAUGUUCAGUAAAUAAUGCAACAUAUUUUCAUCUUGUAUACUUUUUCGCCCGUCAUUUUUAUAGCUGUGUACUUUCUUGUCUAAAUGAUUGAUAUCUCUUUUCUUAAUUAUUGAAAUCUCUUGUCUUAACUAUUGAUAUCUCUCAUCUUAUUAUUGAUAUCUUUUGUCUUAACUAUUGAUAUCUCUCAUCUUAAUUAUUGAUAUCUCUUGUCUUAAUUUUUGAUAUCUCUCAUUUCAAUUAUUGCUUUCUCUCAUAUCGUAACUAUUGAUAAUUCUUUUGUCUAAAUUAUUGAUAUCACUCUCCUCUUAAUUACUGAUAUCACUCUCGUCUUAAAUACUGAUAUCACCUUCGUCUUAAUUAUUGAUAUCUUUCUCAUCAUUAUAAUUGAUAUCUCUCUUGUCUUCAUGAUCAAUAUCUAUUAAAGCCAACGAUCAUGAAAUACAAUGAGCUGUGAAAACCUGCUUUUUUAUUUAAUUCUUCUCACCCCUUUGUAAAAAAAGAGUCAAGGUGUUGUCAUAGUCUUUAUGUAAGUUUUUGUGCCUUACGGCUUUAACAAUGUGGACUGGAUAGUUUCAGCUAUGACAUGAUAAAACAUUAUCUAUUUUACAACAGUUGUAAAGAAAUAUAUAUCGACUCGUGCCAAGUCACUCUCGUCGGCACAAUUGUUGCGCGACAGUGUGGAAUUGUGUUGAUGUAAUCCUUGUAAGCUCUGUAUUCAUGCAUUAAAUUUAACCUUGGCCAUUUCUUAAAAACAGUUUAAAUAUUCCAAGAAAACUUGGUACACAUCAUACCAGGGACAUUUAUACCAAGUCUAAUAACACUAAUUUAAAUAAUUGAGUUAUCCCCCUUGUUUGGAUGAAAUAAAGUCAGCAGACGCGCGUUGGCAUUGGCGUUCACUUUGCAGUGUUUUUGUCUACAAUAAGGUGUGAAAGCUAGAAACUUCUAAGUUCUUCAUUUUAAGUGUCACUUAGAACACUCUGAAGGAUGCUUUUUUAUAGACAUCAUUCUGUUUGAAUGUUUUACGUCAUUUUUCGAGUUGUUGCCUUAUUAUUGUUGUUAGUCUUUCAGUAUUAUACGAAAACAUUGUGUACCGUAAUCAUGAGAAAGUCCUGUGUAACUUCCGAAACAUGCUUGUUACUCACAGUUAUAAAUACUACACCGUAAAUGCUAACAUGUGUAUUAGGCCUAGUUAUAAAGCUUUUCAAUACAUAAGAACUAAUAGUGUUGCAUUGAAUUAAUACCAUCUGUAAGUAGCUUGAAAUUAGAGAUGUUACACAUAACAGGGGCCACCUUUUGAAUAAGCGUACGAUAAGAUAAAGUUUUCGAAACUUCAUUUUUGGUUGUAAGGAGAUUUGAAUAUAAGUAUCUAGUUUGGUUUACAAUAGCGGCUAAGUUUGUUAAAAAAUUUAAUUCAAUAAAAAACGCAUGCAUCACAUUGAAUUGAAUUUCUUGAUUUUACGAUAUUUCGUUGUACACUUAAUGAUAUGAAGGUCCCAGUGUGUAGUCUUUGAAAAUAUGUUUGCUGAGUAAACAGUCUUGUUGUAACAUCAUUAUCACAUAUAUGUGUGUAUGAGAUAUUAGAGAUUGUGAACACUACUUGUAUGUGUAUGUCUGGACUACUUUUUGUGCACUACCUCAUCCAGGUAUGUGUACCAGGUACUUAAGGACAACUUUUUGUGCACUAUGUCAUCUGGUGUGUGUACUUGUGGACUACUUUUUGUGCCCUACAUCAUCCAAGUAUGUGUAUUUGUGCACUACUUUUUGUGCAAUACAUCAACCAAGUAUGCAUACAUUGAACAAGUUUCUUAUCACAUGUACUAUAGCAUGAGGAAGGUAAAUUAUUCUAGUAUCAGCAAGCCUAAAAGAAAGUACAAGUUUAAAGUGAUAUUGGGCAGACGUCUUUUCAACUUGACUGCAAUUUUUACACAUACGAUGCGUAGCUACGCGUACAAGUUAGCGUACAUGUAGUGUUUCACAACCUCUAUUGUUUCAAAGACAAAUAAUAUUACAUUAGCUGAUUAAAAUUACAUACCCAGUAAGACUCCGCUGUGUCAGUGUUAAAUGUAUUAUUAACGUAAAUGGUGUGUAAUUGUUCAUUUCCAUGCUAUUGUAACAUGCAGAAAAUACUGUCAGUGCAUUAGGGACAAAAAAGAUGAAAAGUGUUUAAUUUUUUGUAGAGAAUUAGAGAUUAUAAACUUAAUGAAACCAACAUGCACAUUGUUAAAAGUUACUGGACUUUUCUUAAAAAUUUCAGGGGAUUACAAAACAGCUAAAUGUAUGCAAUUUUUAUGUUUUUUAUUUUAUUUCCAAACAACUAGCUAUGCAAUAACUGUGAAUCAUUCAGACAUUUUGUACAUAAAGCGUUUGCUUUUUAAUUUUUGAAAACCUGAUAAUUUCUGGAUGAAAAAACUUGUGCCAAAUUGUGAUUUUAAGUUGACCUAUUUGAAUAGGGCCAUUUUUUUUUCUGAGAAUGUUUGUUUGUAAAAUGUGUUUGAUUUAAAUGGUGUUUUAUAACAGGAUUUUUUAUAAGUUAAAAUAAAAAGAAACAAGGUGUAUUCACAUUAACAAGAGCACCACCAGCAGAUGUUAUGCUCAUCCGUUUUCCACCCUUUUUUUACUGUUUUUUUAGCUUGUCUGUUUUAAAGCUUAUAUGUUAUCCAAAGAAAACAAGUCAAGGUAAUGUUAUAGCUGUAGUGUUUUUGUUCAUUCUUGGCCAUAACUCGGAAACCAUAGCAAUGGGACUUCAGUUAUUGUUGUAUCAGUAAACACCAAUGCUAGAACAAUACCUUUUAAUAUAUAACCUUUUCCGUACUGUUUUCAACUUAUUUUAUAGGGGCAACACGAUUUACUUCAAACACAUGGCUUUGUUGAUGUUCUGAAUCUCAGAAAUCCAGAUUUGAACCAAAGAGAUGUAUUCGACUCGAACACAAAAUAUGUUGAAGGCUUAUCAGACAGUUGUCAGGCAGUUUCAUUUCAUCUUGGUCAGGGGCAAAGCUAGCGAUCAGAGCAUAUAUGCACAUAGGUUAAAACCCUCUUCAAAAGUGAAAGAUCUUUUUUGUCAAAAGUGGGUGAAAAAAAUGAGUGUAAGGGGAGUGAACCCCUGGGGCCAUGAUUACAAACAGUCUCAAGUUUUGAUUUCAGUCUCGAGACUCCAAAAUGGAGAUCUUUAUUGCAUUGUAAUUUUUUUUCAAGUAGAGCAAUCACCGUGAAUUUGCUGAAUUCUAUUUUUAUUUGAAAGGUAACUAUUAUUUACAUAUAUUUUUUAAAUAAGGAAUGGAAAAAAAUAUUGAUUUUUUUUUGUAAUUAAUUAAUGCUUUUUUGAGUCGAGAGCUGAAACAGGUGCAGCUAUGCCCCUGACUGUACAUUAUGUUAUUGACUUAUUCCUAAAUUUUUUGUCAUUAUUAUUUUUUUUUAAAUUCUGUCAUUUGUUUUGGCAAGCUAACUGCUAAUCUCUAAUGUAUUAUGAAUAAACGGUAAACUCUGGUUUGUCAACAAAACAAGAACUUCAUGAGCUGAAUAAAAAUUCAUAAAAAUUAGAAUUAGCAGGUAACUGUAUUGUGUUUGCAAAUUGCAGUAAUAUUCAAACGUAUAAUCUUUGUGUGCUAUUGCUUAAGCUAAACAAAUUAUCUUGAUAAAAAAGUGAAGAUACCGUAAAGUUAUGAAAAAGAUACCGUAAAGAUACAUUUACACUAUAUUCUUGCUGUUCUGUUUUCUGAAAUUAAUUUCCCCUGCCAUGGAUAUGUACCCAUAUAUUCUUGGAUUUGGAUGGUAAUGUAUUUAGCUAAUUGAACUUAAUUGAGAAUGUAGUUUGUUAUUAUUCUGUCAAGAGUUUUAAUGAGGCAGUCUUAUAUAUUGUAUGACAUGUGUUUUUUUGGUUUUAAGCACUGGUUAUUUAUUUUCUAGCCAUUUGUAUUUAACUGAAUAUUUUGAUUGAAUAAAGUUAUGCAGUAAAUGCAUUGUUUCAAA